CGCUCCGAGGAGAAGCAAAGAAACGUCUGAGUAUUACGAUCAACGUAUUGAAAAGCUCGCGGUGUAACAUAUUAUUUUUCUUGUAAAAAAAAUAGUCUCAUCGAACCGAAGAAAAUAGUGCAAUCUGAAAUUCUAUAAUUGCUGCUUCAUCUGACAGCAGGAAGAUUUAGCGAGAAAUAUGAAAAUUUUGGGCGUGAAAUUUGUACCGUUAAAUGAAACUUUGGAAAAAAGACUACAAACGUUGGUUGUCGCAUCAUGGUUAUUUAUUUUCGCUUUCGGUGAUAUUUUGGGACUCUUACUCACGGCAUAUCUUCUACUUUACACAAAAACAAUACGUUAUUUCUUGCUACCGUAUUUUCUCUGGAUGUAUUAUGAUUGGGACACUUGCAAUCGUGGCGGUAGAAGUGAACAGUUGUGGACAAGAGUGGUGAGAAACAAUGUGUUCUGGCGUUAUUUUUGCAAUUAUUUUCCGAUAAAAUUAGUGAAAACCGUUGAUCUAGAUCCUAAAAAAUCUUAUCUUUUCACUGUUGUGCCUCAUGGUAUUAUAUCGAUGGGAAUAUUUGGUUCAUUCGCAACAGAUGAAUUGGACUGCAAGAAGCUAUUUCCUGGAUUAGAAAUGCAUGUAAUCACUCUCGAUCAACACUUCAAAAUACCUCUAUUUAGAGAAUAUGCUUAUAUUUUAGGUGGCUGUGCUUCUAGCAUAAGAAGUGUCAAAUAUUUACUAUCGACACCACCGAGAAGUCCGUACACCGGAAGAGCUUCGAUUAUUGUUGUCGGUGGUGCUUCCGAAUCGAUGGAAGCGAUGCCGGGCACUUAUCGUACACUUGUGAAAAGAAGAAAAGGUUUCGUGAAAUUGGCGCUAAAAUAUGGUACGGCGUUGGUUCCUGUCCUGUCCUUUGGUGAAACGGACUUAUACACUCAAAUAUAUCGCCCAGAAGGCUCGACUUUCAGACGCAUACAGAACUAUAUUCGCAAUCUUAUUGGACUAGCACCCAUCGUUUUCUCGGGCAGAGGAUUCUUUCAGUAUUCAUUUGGCCUUAUUCCGAAUCGGGUGCCUGUCACCGUAGUCGUUGGUAGUCCUAUUGAACUGCCGAAAAUAGAAGAGCCCACGACUGAGCAGAUCAACGAAUAUCACGAAAAAUUUAUGAAAGGUUUGGUUGAGCUCUUUGAAACGCAAAAGCACAAAUAUGUAAAAAAUGCAGAAAAUGUUACUCUCGAACUAUGAUUUGAAUGUGUGAUAUAAUGUAAAAAAAGUUGUUACUGUUUUCUAAUUUCUAUUAGAAAGGCACUUGUCACUACUCUAAAGACGGAAUGAUUUCGAAAGAAGAUUCUACAUACAAUUAAAAGAUUUUAAUUACAUUGUUACAUUAUUCAUUUAAUAUACAUAGUUUAUUUAUAAACAUUUUCGGUACUUAUUAGAAGCUGAGUCAGAACUUAAACACGCGCAAAAAAAUAUAUUGAACGAAAUUUAAUUACGUGAUGUCAUUGCUGCAAUUUUUGUAUUACAUAUGAAAUAUGUAUCUUUGUACAUUAGAAGUAUGUUUAAAUCAUUAUUAAAGUUAAUGUUAUUUUUGAAGAAUAAA